AUGCCGCUCUGGUUGAUCUUCCAUACCCCCAACACUUUCGAGGACGUCGGGUCUAAGCAAGCCUUGGUGGAAGAUGUGACCAAAAUAUACACCAAUUUCGGGUUGCCACCUUUCUAUGUGGUCGUCAACUUUAUCCGACUCUCCGGCGAAGACGUUUGGGUCGGUGGAGAACGGAGAACCGCGAGGCCGUUUGUUCGCAUCAUGAUCGACCACAUCGCGGUCCGGCUGGAGAACGACGACAGCAUGUACAAGCGUACCGCGGAUGCGAUCAACAAUGCCCUGAAACCACACCUGGUGGACAAGGGCUACGAUUGGGAAUUUCAUGUCGAUGAAACGGAGAGGAGGCUUUGGCGGAUCAAUGGCUUGAUCCCUCCUCCAUUUAAGAGCGAUGACGAGCGGAAAUGGGCAAAGGAGAACAAAGCUAGUCCAUAUGAUGGCGCACACAGUCAUUUGUUCGGUAACAUUGCUUUGCCAGCAUUGAAGGCCAUGGCCUAUUAG